UGAGACGGCGAAGAGAGGAGGAAGCACAAACAGGCAGAUGAGAAGAAGCCAGAGUCCUGUAAGUCCGCCGCUAAACGCGCUUCACUGACAGCCUCGAGCCCAGCGGAACAAGUGAGCGCGCGCUGAGGGCGGACGCUGCAGCCGAACAAAGGUUUCAUUUCACCCGCAUCCUCAUCCUCAUACCGCCCCCGCCCACUCUGACCGAGGGUAAACAGCUCGCAGGCAGAUGGAGAGACAGGCCGGAGCUGUCGGGGGUGUGGAUGGAGCAGGCCCGGGCAGAAAGCCCUGGGGCUCGCCGACCUGCGGACCAACCGCCGGUGAAACGCUGGACAAUCCCACAGGUUCUCAUGUAGAGUGGUGUAAACAGCUUAUAGCAGCUACCAUCUCCAGUCAGAUCUCAGGAUCGGUUCCCUCUGACAUCGUGAACAGGGACAACAAGGCUGGGAGAAGACCAGAUUUCAUGGUGUCCAGGAGGCUGAAACCCAGGAAUCUUCCAGCUAUGAGAUGUGGAGCGCAAGUCAGAAUGUUACAGAACCAGGUUCCUCUGCUACCAGGAGAGACCGUCCAGACUACAGUCAAGGAUGUGAUGUACAUCUGUCCAUUCAGUGGUCUGGUUAAUGGAACCCUGACCCUCACAGACUACAAGCUGUACUUCAGUAGUGUGGAAAGGUCUGUGUGCAUCCAGGAGUCUCCAUUCAUUCUUGAUGUGAAUCUGGGAGUCAUCAGCAGACUAGAGACCAUCAGUGUUCCGAACCAGGGAGAGAACACCAAAGGACUGGAGCUGGUCUGCAAGGACAUGAGGAGUCCCAGGUUUGCUUACAAGACAGAGGAAAGCCAUCCGGACGUGGUGGAGGUGUUGGCCAAACAUGCCUUCCCCCUCUCACAUAACCUGCCCCUGUUUGCCUUCCUGUACAAGGAGCAGUUUCCUGUGGAUGGCUGGAAGGUAUAUGACCCAUCAGCUGAGUACAGACGUCAGGGCCUCCCUAAUGAGAGCUGGACCAUCAGUAAGAUGAACAGCACCUACGAGCUGUGUGACACCUAUCCCUCCAUCCUGGUCAUCCCCACCAACAUCACAGAUGAAGACAUCAAACGGGUGGCUGUGUUUAGAGCCAAGCACCGCAUACCGGUCUUGUCCUGGAUUCACCCAGAGUCCCAGGCCACCAUUGUACGCUGUAGCCAGCCAUUAGUCGGACCUUCAGACCGUCGCUGUAAAGAAGAUGAACGCUUCCUCCAAAUCAUCAUGGAUGCCAACGCCCAGUCCCACAAGCUCACCAUCUUUGAUGCCCGGCAGAGCAGUGUAGCAGUCACCAACAAGGCAAAGGAUGGAGGAUAUGAAAGUGAGAGUUUCUACCCAAACGUGGAGCUGAACUUCUUGGAAAUCCCUAACAUCCAUGUAAUGAGGGAGUCUCUGAGGAAGAUGAAGGAUGUAGUUUAUCCCACCAUAGAUGAAGCUCACUGGCACUCGGCUGUUGACCAGACACACUGGCUCGAAUAUAUACGGCUGUUAUUAGCAGGAGCAGCAAAGAUAGCUGAUAAGCUGGAGUCAGGGAAGACAUCAGUGGUGGUUCACUGCAGCGAUGGCUGGGACAGAACGGCUCAGCUCACCUCUCUGGCCAUGCUGAUGCUGGACAGUCACUACCGAACUCUCCGAGGAUUCCAGGUUCUGGUGGAGAAGGAGUGGAUUAGUUUUGGACACAAGUUUGCUGCUCGUGUGGGUCACGGUGAUGAGAACCACGCUAACUCAGAGCGCUCGCCUCUCUUCAUCCAGUUCAUCGACUGUGUUUGGCAAAUGACUCGACAGUUCCCUGCAGCCUUUGAGUUCAACGAGCUGUUCCUGAUCACAGUGCUGGACCACCUCUACAGCUGUCUGUUUGGUACAUUCCUCUAUAACAGUGAACAGGAAAGAGCAGCCAAGGAGGUACAGACCAAGACGGUGUCCCUGUGGUCCUACAUUAACAGCCAGCCCGAGGACUUCACCAACCCCUUCUAUGUGGACUAUGAGCACCACGUUCUCUAUCCGCUGGUUUCCUCCAGACAUCUGGAGCUGUGGAGCAGCUACUACGCCCGCUGGAACCCACGCAUGAGACCACAGGUGCCGGUGCACCAGACCCUGAAGGAGCUUCUGAUCCUCAGAGCAGAGCUCCAAAGGAGGGUGGAGGAGCUGCAGAGAGAGGCCUCCUCCCACUCCCUGUCCUCCUCUGAACACUCUGCCUCCCCCACACAUACCACGGGAACUCCACUGCACACAGCUGUCUGACACGCACACACACACACACACACACACACACACACAGAGUUUAAUGUAUGUUUAAGCCCAAUUACUACAAAUACUGAGGAUAACAGUGUUUGCAAUGUGACGGAGGGAUUCCUAAUUUUAUAUUAACAUUCCUAAAUACAUUUUUCACAAAGUGAAAAGAUAUUAAGAUGUUUGUUAAGUUUAAAAAAAAUGUAUUUAAAGAAUUUGUUCAAAGAUAUCCUGAAAGAACCAUCAGUGACCUACCUGAACCUUCCUGUUCUUAUUUAUUUAAUUUAAACAUUCAGAAAGGCCAGCUCUCCCUGAACUGUGUGAAUCUUACACUCAGAGUUUAUUCUCAGUUCCACAAAGUUGCCACCAGUUUUAUCUGCCGUGUUUUUAUUUUUGUAUGAAGAAUAGUUGCUGUUUGUCUCAGGGCUGUUUUAUUCACAUGACUGCAGAAGGCUACCAGUGACUGGUUGCAAAUGACUGUAGUCACCUGUAGUGUUUGAAGAAAAUCACUGCAUGCUCCCUCGUACGUUCAAUUUCUUAAUUUAUCAGUGAUCAGUGAUCAGUGGUCCUCGUCAUCAGUAUUAGAAACAUCGGUAUGAGCUAAGCCUUAGUGCUCUCCAAAGUCAGCUCAUCAGCAAAGCAGAAACGUUCACAUUCAAAAUGACAUGAGUUCAUUUUUGGAAUAGCAAUCACAGAUGCUGCUUUUCCCUCUUCAUUAACUGGACACUGCCUCAGUAUACAUGUUUUGUAUAAAAAAAGCCUUUUUAUUUAGCUUUCCCUAAGUGUGAUUUUCUGUUGUUCUGUCAUUGCCAACCAUUUCAUCUUUUCAUAGUAAAAUCAUUUGGAUUUCUAAUCAGUGUUUCUCACAUAUUUCCUAAAGGUUGGUUUAUGUAGCGCUGAUCCUAAACUCAAAGUCAAAGUGUCUGACUUUUUCCUGACUGAAAGGAGCAAGUUUAGCCUCAUUUCUACCAUCAGGGUGUGAUGGACGCUUGUUGUGUUGUGUUGUGUUGUGUUGUGUUGUGUUGAUGUGAUGAACUGGACUUGCGGUCUGUGAAGAGAAAUUGAUCAGAGAGAGAAACAUCCUCCCUGUUUGACCGUUUCUGUCUUUUUUCAUAGACCCUGGCAAAGGCUGAAUGUUUGCAGCUGACAUUGAUAAUCAAAUAACCAAACAGUACACAUAAAACAAAUAUUUCUGAUGAAUAAAGAGGAACUGCUUACUGGAAAUGUCAAAGAAGAAGAGUGAGUGAGAAACAGUGUCUCUGUUACAUAUUUUGUCCUCUGGUGAGCCGUGACUCUGUAGUCACACUGUAAAACCUAAAAUUCACUGCAUAUCUAAUUUAAGGGAUUCUUAUGGCCCAACAUAUACACUGAUACUGAUAUGUCUGUGAUGAGCUGUAAUUGGCAGAUAUAAUCACUGUAAUGUCUUAGCAAUGCAUGUUGAUUGGCCCCAAGCAGUCUGUCUGUACAUAUACUGGCUCGAUCACAUGUUAAUACAUAAACAAUGGCCUGAGGUCUUUUAUAAUCUGCAGUCCCUUGAUGGAGGGAGGGAAUAGGAAGAGCAGUGGCUGCAGAAGUCCUGAGCUCAGUGAGUGAUUAAAUGGAUAUCAGAGUGACUUCAUUCGAGUUUUGAUCAUUUGACACAAGACCAAACCUACAAAAGUUUGGGCUUGUGGUAGCUGGACAAUGACCAGAGGUUCAAACUGAAAGUCACAGUCAGUCAUCUGCUGUCAUUACGGCCAUCACAUCAACAGAACGAUGAUAAUACACAGUAAAUAUGAGUUUAGAGGAGUAAAUGUAAAAUAUUGAGAAGUUAUCAAGAUAUUUUUGUGGUUUUAUUACAAUUCUGAUUUCACAAUAAAGAGUAAAAUAUCUAUACAUGAUAAAAUAAAAACAUUUAACCUUUUAACAAAAACAGCCAGGCCAAAUGAACUAUAUACUAUAUUAAACUACAAGUGAAAUGAACCCAGAAAGAGUCACUCUCAUUGAAGUCAGUUUUCUGGACAUUUGACAUACAGUCUGUAAAAUCAAUGAAGUCUCUUGAGUUUAAUGUGCUUUAUGAGAGCUUUAGGCAGAUUUCACUGCACUUACAAUACACAUCACAUGAUGAACUCUGCCAAUAAUUUGAGAUCACAUGACUGUGGUUUCGACUCCUCAUGUUGCCUUUACUUAGUUAUUCACAGUGACUUCAUCUGAGAUAAACAGAUCAAUCCUCUGUGUAAGAAUUAACAGCAUGAUUAAAACUGUUUCAUUAUCAUGUCAGCCUGGAUUAGUAAAGCCUCGUUUUUGUCUUAUCAGUGUACCUUUACAGUGUCAUGACACCCCCUGUAUUCUAAUGCUCCAGGUCACCUAUAAAUCACUGUGUACCUGUGGUUGGUGGUGUGGUAAGUCUUGACUUUUUUGUCAAGUUAAGCUUUGUCUAAUUGUGUGAAAAACCCCAAACCACCUGAUGAGCAAUAAUCACUUUUGACAUUCCAUUUUAAAAAUAAAAAAAGUAAGA